AUGUCACCUGUUAACCUAGACUCCGAAACCCCGCGCUCGCGUCAACAACCUGGCGUAGCAUGCGAUGAGAGCCGUAGACGGAAACUUCGUUGCGAUCGAGGUCAGCCUCAAUGUGGCGUGUGUCGGGAUUCCGACACAACAUGCGUCACGACAACGACACGACAACCUCGUGGUCCAAGAAAAGGUCAUUUACGCGCAUUACAGUCUCGAAUCGUCGCCCUCGAGCAACGCCUCAGUAGUGAGGGACUGGAAGAUACGGGCGAAGACGAGUUCAUACGAUUUCCUGAUGAGACAAAUACUUUUCCAGAUCAGUCGUUCCCAGAUCUCGUAGCUGCAUACUCUCAGGAUGGAUUCGAGAAAGACGGUUCCAAUAGCAGCUCCGCGAAUGGUUUCGGUGUCGAUAUUGUCUUUUCACAAUCCGGCUCGACUAUGACCAUGCCUUUGGCAGGAAUAUCGCCAAUCAGUUUCAUUUCUGACCUGAUGCGGUCGGACCUGAAUCACCUCUACUUUAAUAGAUUUCACAGCUUUUUCCCUAUCCUCAAUAAACGACACUACUUCGCGCGAGCCCGAAAAAUAUGUUCCGAGAGCGCCGUCGAUUCUUUUCACUGUCUCCAACAUGUUAUGUGGACGCUCGCAGUUUCUACCUCAAGCCAAUUUCAGCAUAUUCAGGACGAUCUAUACUCGCAAACAAGGCUCUUGAUCGACAACCUUGAAAUGAGGCAGCCUCAACCUGACUGCAUCGAACUUGAGCAGGUCCAGGCCUGGGGCUUGCUGGCUGUGUAUGAAUUUAUGCAUAUAGGCUACCGACGAGCAUGGAUGAGCGCGGGAAAGUUUUUCCGCUACGCAAUACUCAUGAAACUGCACAACGUGGACGGACUAGAUGGCAUCGCAGCAGAUCAACUCCAGAAUUUAAACGUCACUGAGAUCGAAGAACGAAGGAGGACGUUCUGGAUGGCCUACACGAUCGAUCAAAUUACCAGUUUGCUAGACCGCUUGCCAUUGACCUUCGAUCAGCACAUUAUCCUGACCCGCCUACCCUGUUCUGAGAAAGAAUUUCAGUCAGAUGAGGCUGUGGUCACAGAUUUUUUGCGCAGCCUGCCUAUCCAAACCGAUAACCAAACCCCAUCCACGUUCAUGGACUCAAUUCAACUGUUCGCAAUAUGUGGACAGUUACUAUCGCAUCAACAGCAAGGCGCUGUUGAGCACACGCAGGGUUUGAUAUCGCUGCCCUUUUGGGACAGACAGCAACAGCUUGAUGCAAGGCUCGAACAAGCCUUGAAGGGCAUGUCUCUCGAUGAUCCAUACACAUUGAUCUUUCAGGAUCCAAUGGUGUAUUUCACGGUACUAGCAGCACAAGCUUCUGCUCUGAUAUUGUUCAAAUCCUGUCGGACAGCACCAUGGGGUAUGGAGGAUACCACUAACUAUGCGGCGCAGCGUGAGAAAAGAGCAAUUGUGGCAGCGCAACAGAUGACCACGCUCUCGAAGGCGCUGAUCGAAUUGAGCUUUUUCAAGAUUCACCCUUUCACGCCGGUUCUUCUCUAUCUUUGCGUGGACUUCAUUAUCUCGAACCCUCACCUCGAUUCGACCUUUAAGAUGCAGCUAGAACUACAAAAUGUGCUGCAGACUCUAAGUCACGUCAACCUCACUGCGAAAGAAUGCUUGGCUAGACUUCACAUGGUUUGA